UCACCAACUCGGUUAAUCAUUUGGGAUAUAAAUCAGUAUUCACUUGCCUGAGAAGAUCGGCUAGCUUACUCACUCGCUCUCCUUCUUUGUUCUUCCGUCAAUGGCUCCAAUUGGUUCUGCUUUUUGCGCAGCAAGUCCUUCAUUCUCCCUUCUCUCUUCUAACGUGAAGGGGUUAUCAAGAAACUACGCAAAUGCCAACUGCCCCAUUAGCAAGAUUUGUGUUGUUCACUGUUCUAGUGGGAGUAAGCUAGUGACGGAAUCAACAGCUUCGUCAACUUCUGAAAGAACCAGCUUUGGCUUUAAGAACUUGACCGAGACUUUUUGGGUUGAUGUACAGAGAGCAGAAGGGAGGCCACUAAAUGUGCAGCUAAAUGCACCCUUGAUUUUAGGGUCGCCGAAUCUCGAAAAGGUGGAGAAUGUAGCUAUUAGAAUUGAGCUCAGUAAUGGAUGUGUAGGGUGGGGAGAAGUUCCUGUGCUUCCUUCUGUUACUGCUGCAAACCAGACUGUUGCUGUUGCAAAGGCUAGGGAGGCAUGCCAAUUUCUGCUUUGUAGUUCGCCUAUGGUUUUGAAUUUGGCGCUUAAUGAGAUUGGUGGGAUUCUUCCAGGAACUGAAUUUGCUUCUGUUAGGGCCGGAGUUGAAAUGGCAUUGAUUGAUGCAGUUACUAAUAGUAUUGGUGUGCCACUAUGGAGAUUAUUUGGUGGUGUAUCAAAUAACUUAACCACUGCUAUCACACUUCCAACUGUUUUCCCUGCUGAAGCUUCUCACUUGGCUUCAAAGUAUUGCCAACUAGGAUUCAAGACCUUGAAGCUUAAAAUAGGGAAGAAUAUUAAAGAAGAAAUCAAACUUCUACAAUCAAUUCAGGCAGCUCAUCCCACUUGUUCAUUGAUUUUAGAUGCAAAUGAGGAAUACACUCGUAGAGAAGCUGUACAAGUCCUUCAAGAGUUACAUGAUUCAGGAAUAACACCUACUCUCUUGGAACAACCAGUUCAUAGAGAGGACUGGAAAGCUCUUGGAGAAGUUAGCAAAUUUGCAAGACAGAAGUAUGGGAUAUCCAUUGCUGUGGAUGAAAGUUGUCAGAGUUUAGAUGACGUUCAAAGAGUUAUUGAAGGCAACUUUGCAGAUGUGAUUAACAUCAAACUAGCGAAAUUUGGGGUAAUGGGAGCCCUUGAAAUUAUUGAAUUGGCACGAAAUUCAGGUGUUAAUCUGAUGAUUAGUAGCACAAUAGAGACCAGACUUGCCACAGGAUUUGCUGCUCAUCUGGCUGCUGGACUUGGCUGUUUCCAAUUUGUUGGUCUAGAUAUGCCAUUUCUGCUUUCAGAGGAUCCUGUGAUUUGUGGUUACGAAGCUUCUGGUCCUGUGUACAAGUUCUUAAAUGCAAGAGGUCAAGGAGGUUUCCUCAAAUGGGACUUUACAUCCUGAUGAUUAGAAGGAAUAGUUGAUUACGACUGAGCUGUGCAUGAAUAAUGAAGAUGACAAUAAUUCUUAUUAGGGCCUCAAUAAAUCUAAGGAUGGGGCCAAGAGAGCAGGUAGUGAUUGAAGUCUGAAGCAAAACAAGCUGCAUUCAUGAGAAUAUCUUCUUACUAUGAUGUGCUGCUGGUUGUUCUUGGCAUUAUGAAAUAUCUGUUUCACUUUUCUUUCUUCUUCUUCUUCGUCUUCUUUGAACUGAUGUGGUGUUUUGUGGUUCACCUUUGCCUGAUUUGAUAAAUGUUGGACCAUAGUUGCUGUCUGAUCCAACAUCUGUACAUAAUAUCUGAAUCAUGUGAUUUUUUUUUCUGCUUGGUAUGCCAGGUAAAACUAGGCUAUUUUAUCA